AUGUCUUCAUCCAGACUAAGGACACUAACAAAAUGCGUCCGAUAUAGUAAACGAAUUCACAAAUAUCAAAGUUUCGCGUCACCAAAGAAAAGAUUUAUCUUAUCGAGCAUCCGUCCCUCGCAGGAUCUAUCUCACAAUCAAUGGACCCCACCUACAUCAUCGAUAAUAGCGCCGCUUGCCAUUUCCUCUUUGACAGAGACUAACGCGGACGUGCAACCGUUGAAUAAGUCACUUGAUCCAUCACUUGAAAAUGUCGACUCUACAAACUUUAUACUGUCAAGUAACCAAGCGUUAUUAGAAUUCAUUCAUAGUCAAUUAGACAUUCCAUGGUGGUUGGUUAUAGUUCUCACGACAUUAGCUCUACGAACUUGUUUCACUCUUCCGAUUGCAAUUUAUCAACUAAAAAGUACGGCCCGACUCGUGGCAAUUCAACCACUGAUCAGUUCGUGGAGAGAAACGUUAAAGAAAGUGAUUGCAAACGAUUCGCGCGUUAAAGGGUUAAGCUAUGAUGCUUACCAGGCCGUGCUCAGAAAAGAG